AUGGCUCAAACCAACGGUAUCGAUAUUGAAAGACUGUUACGUGAACAAGUAGCUUCCAUAAAGUCGGUGGAAGAAUAUAAUUAUUGGGAAAAACAAUGUCUCGAAUUUAUUGAAUCGUUGGAAGAGCAAGUUGCACCGAAUAAACGCCCUCGAUUGAGCACGGGAUAUCAGCACUCUGUAACUGCGAGAAUAAUACGCUUGCAAGGGUUACUGGAAGUCACACGUUCACAGUUUCAACAUACCGGCGCAGGACUAAACGAUCGAGGAUUAGUCUGGAAAGAAAUUGAUUCGGCGUUCGCAAAUCGCGUAGUGACUGGCGCCGUAAUCAAUCGAAAUUACAUUGUACCACGCCAGUUCUUGAAGGAUGCAUACGAAUUGGUUGAAAAGCGAGUGAAAGACUGUAUAGUAAAAUUUAAUAGCAUUAAAGUUAAUACGGAGUUCAAUGCCGAGUUUGCUACGGGUGAUCGGCGUGCUCAUAAAAGUAUCAAUACGGCUAAUGUGGAACUUUUUCAAACGUCGAAUGUAAAAGAGUGGUAUGAAGAGCGAGUGAUGGAGCCCACUUUGGCAUCACUCGAUGAGUUUCAAGAAUGUGAUAGUGGAUGGACAUUGGUUUCAAUCACCAAUCUCACUGUAAAUAUUAAUAAAUAUAAUCCAAUGCGUGCGGGAUGUCACAUUCGAUUGCCGCGAAAAAUAAUGUUGAAGAGAGCCGUUGUCAACGUUAAAUCAAAUGACAACGCAUGUUUUGCAUGGGCUGUGGUUGCCGCUCUCCACCCAGCUGAACAGCAUGCUGAUCGUCAAAGUUCGUAUCCCCACUACUCGACGAUUCUGAAUCUUCAGGACAUUGACUUUCCGAUGACACUGAAUCAAAUUAAAAGAUUUGAACAAUUGAACGAUGUCUCGAUAAAUGUGUAUGGUAUAACGAAAAGUGGUAUUGCACCUCUUUACAUUACCAAGUGGAAAAGAGGGAGACACGUCAAUUUGUUGUACAUUGAAAACGAGGAAGGGGACAGAAUUGGCCACUUUACACUGAUUAAAGAUCUAUCCCGCUUAGUGAGCAGCCAACUGAGCAGCAAGAAUCAUAAAAAAUAUAUUUGUGAUCGGUGUUUGCAGUAUUUUUCAAUGGAGAGCAAGCUACGAGCUCAUGAGGUGGAUUGUGGCAAGAUGAAUGAUUGUGCUAUACGAUUACCGGCGGAAAACGAUAAAUGGUUGGAAUUCACAAACCAUAAUCGGAAGGAGCGCCUACCAUUCAUCGUUUAUGCUGACCUGGAGUGCGUAUUAGAGAAGACUGGUGAGAGAGAAAGAGAGAUGAAUAGGCAGCACCAUCAUAAAGUUUUUAGUAUAGGCUUUUACGUUAGCUGUUCAUACGACUCAUCAUUAUCGGGAUAUUAUUCACGUCGUAGUGAGGAUUGUAUUGGGUGGUUCGUUGAACAGUUGAAAGAAUUGGCACUCCGCGUGGAAAAAAUUUUACUAACGAAUGUCCCGAUGAAGGAAUUAUCGCCAGCGGAAUGGAAAAAAUUUCGAGAGGACGUAAAUUGUCAUAUUUGUGAAAAACCCUUUGUUGAGAAAGAACAACGUGUACGCGAUCAUUGCCAUCUAACGGGGCAGUUUCGAGGUCCGGCUCAUGGCAAUUGCAAUUUAAAUUACAAAAAUUCAUUUUUCAUUCCAAUUGUUUUUCACAAUCUAUCGGGCUAUGACGCGCAUUUCAUAAUAAAGGAGGUGGCCACAGCGUUUGAGGGGAAAAUCGAUUUACUCCCUUUAACAAAAGAAAAAUACAUUUCUUUUUCAAAAACAGUUAAAUCAUCGUCACAUGACUAUAGGAAACAGAUAAGACUCCGUUUCAUUGAUUCAUUCAAAUUUAUGAGUUCGAGUCUUGAUAAAUUAGCAUCGCUCCUAUUGAUUGACCAACUUAAAGUUUUAAAAUCACAAUUUUCAAAUAUUUCACACGAUGAUUUCACUCUUUUGACGAGAAAAGGAGUCUUCCCGUAUGAAUACAUAGACUGUUUUGAAAAAUUAAAUGAUACAGAGCUUCCACCUCGGGAUGCUUUUUACAGUUCUUUAGCAGACACAACAAUUUCUGAAAGUGAAUAUCAACAUGCACAAACAGUUUGGGAGCGAUUUUCAAUUCAAACGCUGGGGGAAUAUAGCGAUCUUUAUUUGAAAACGGAUGUCCUUUUACUGGCAGACAUUUUUGAAAAUUUCCGAGUUAGUUCUCAACAAAGUUAUGGACUUGACCCAGCAUAUUAUUUCACUCUCCCGGGGUACACCUGGGAUGCUAUGCUUAAAUUUACUGGAAUAAAAUUUGAACUACUCACCGACAUUGAUAUGGUAUUGUUUAUUGAGAGAGGUAUACGCGGGGGUUUAAGUCAAUGUUCGAGGAGAUAUGCACGUGCAAAUAACAAGUACAUGGAAUCUUUCGAUCCAUCACAAGCUUCCACAUACCUUAUGUACUAUGAUGUAAAUAAUCUGUAUGGAAGUGCAAUGAAAACGUCAUUACCAUAUCGAGAUUUUGAGUUUCUCGAAGACAUCUCGAACUUUGAUAUAAACUCUCCAGAUCCGACAAAAGGUUAUAUACUGGAAGUUGAUUUGGAGUAUCCAGCGCACUUGCAUGACAAACACAAAGACUUGCCUUUUUGUCCUGAACAUGGAAAACCACCGGGUAAGAAACAAGAAAAGUUACUUGCAACCGUUUUCGAUAAAGAGCGCUAUGUUAUCCAUUACCGAACUCUACAACACUGUCUAAGUCAUGGGCUCAUACUCAAAAAAAUACAUAGGAUAUUGCAAUUUGCUGAAGCUCCAUGGCUGGCAGGCUACAUUGAUCUGAACACACAAUUGCGAACGCGUGCAACGAAUGAUUUUGACAAAAAUAUGUAUAAACUAAUGAAUAAUGCAGUUUUCGGUAAAACGAUGGAAGAUGUGCGCGAACGUAAAAAUGUUUCAUUGUUAACAGAGUGGGAUGGUAGAUAUGGAGCGGAAGCGAUGAUUGCAAAACCGAAUUUCCACAGUCGCAGUAUCUUUGCUGAAGACUUGAUAGCCGUUGAAUUGCGUAAGCUUGAGGUGAAAUUUGACAAACCAAUAUACGUAGGCAUGUCAAUUCUCGAUAUAUCGAAAACAUGGCUGUAUACGUUUCAUCAUGAGUUUAUGACUCCAAAGUAUGGGGAUAAAUGUUCAGUAAUGUAUACAGAUACAGAUAGUUUGAUAUAUGAAAUUGAGUGUGAUGACGUUUAUCGAGAUAUGCGCGAAAAUAUCUCCAAAUUUGAUACGAGUGACUAUCCCAUUGACAAUGCUUACCAUAUUCCGCUUGUCAAUAAAAAGGUUCCGGGUCUCAUGAAGGACGAGAAUAAUGGAUCCAUUAUGACGGAGUUUGUGGGGCUCAGGUCAAAAAUGUAUGCCACGCGUGUCGAGGGUAAAAAAGAUGUAAAGAAGGUCAAGGGUGUGAAGAGCAAUGUUGUUGCGAAAACAAUAAACUUUGACGAUUUUGUAAAAUGUUUAAACGAAGAGACUGAAGUGACACGUUGCCAAUCAGCAAUUCGUUCAACAUUACAUCAGGUAUAUACCAUCUCAGAAACAAAAAUUGCCCUGAGCCCACAUGAUGACAAGCGUUAUAUUAUACCGGGGACGGUGGAGACAUUGCCGUGGGGUCACUACAAGAUCCCCAUGUACUCAAACAUUUCCGAAGAAGAGAUGCAGAUUUAAUAUCUGUCAAAAAUUUGAUAUAGUUGAAAUGUAAAUAUGUAUGUAAGCGUGAGAGAGAGAGAAUAUUUUUGUUCAAUAUUGUACAUUUUUGUGUCGAAUAAAAAGAACCAGGUCUACAA